AUGGGCAACUCACGCCACCCAAGCAGUCGACGAGCCUCGUCCGUACACCGCGAGGAGUUAGAGGAAACAGCACCACACUUGCUUGAUCGCACUGGAUCGCAGGAGUUCAGUGUUGUUGAGAGCGUCGCCGUCCAGGAAAUCUCGACCGAGGACGAGACACCAGAUGUGCCGACUGCAACAUGGCCGCGGUCGGUGAGAUAUUUGGUCAUGAUUUGUGCCUUCCUGACGAGCCUGAGCUUCGGAGUAACGCAAGUGCCCCUGCUAUACGUCUUCAGGCUUAUGACUUGUGAUGCCUACUACAAAGAUCAUCCCUCUGGAGUUUUGCACGGAGUUGAGCGGCCAUCCACGACGGGAACGUGGACAUCCAUCCUUUCCGCGGUAGUGGUGCCAUCCGUCUACUCGACCAGUCCAGGCAUUGGAGACGACUCCGAUCGGUGUUCUAUUCAUCCAAUUGAAAGCGCGACCGCCUUGUCGGUGUCCUUGCUGGGUGCCAGCACCCUCGUUUUCGGCACAUUGAACCUCUUCCUGACGGGCAGCUUGAUAAAGCGCAUUGGGGUCAAGCCGACAUUGAUGACCCAGGUGUUCUUUCCCGCCGUCAGGUUACUGGUACAAAACGUGGGUGUCGAGGUCUGGGGCAACGCUGGCAUCAUUAUCAUCCAGUGCUCGCAGAUCGUCACCAUUGUUGGGGGCCCCAGUGGGUAUAUGCUGGCUUUGAACACUCUUAUUACCGAUGUUGUGGAGCACGAGGGUCGCACGGCGGCGCUAGGUAGACUGACUGGAAGCAUGAUGUUUGGCUCUGCCCUGGGCUUUUUGUUGGGUGGCGUUGUGGCCGAGGCCUUCGACAUGAAAACCCCAUUCCGUUUGACCUUGAUGCUCUUUUUGACCUCCUGUGCCUAUGUCUUCGUCUUCCUGCCGCACAUCCCGCCCCAGCCAACAGAAGUUGACACGGACUCGAUCAAGGCAAAGAAGACAAAGAAGAUUUCAGCCGUCACCAAGUUCUUUGGUCCUUUGAUGGUGUUUGCACCCCGCAAAUUUGUUACAAGAGAGGGCAUGGUCAGGACGGAGUACGGGGCAUUUCUGCUUGCGUGGGGAGUCUUUCUUGGAAUUCUCGCGACAGGCUAUCUGCCCACACUGUUACAACUUUAUUCAACAGACGUCUUUGAUUUCGGUACGCAGCAGAACGGUGGCCUCAUUUUUAUGUACUCGAUGCUGAGGGGCGUCUUCUUGGCAUUUGUCUUUCCAAAGUUGAUCGCCAUCGGGAGGAAGUGGACACUAAAGAGCGAGGAGCGGCACAUGGCGAAUACAGAAGAUGCCAGGCCAUCGGAGCGCGCACCACUUUUGGCAGAAUCUCGAGCUCAAGCAGGAACCAGCAACGUGCACGAUUCCGAAGACAAAGAAGAUCAAAAGGAGCAAACAUUUGCUUUCGAUUUGACGUACACGAGAUUCUCGCUGAUUGCUGACGGUCUUCUGACACUGCUCUGCUCGUUUGUUCGCCAAGGUUGGCAAAUGUAUCUGGUGGCAGCUGUUCUCCCUUUUGCCGCUGGGACUGGGUCGGCGGCGAAAGGGACAGUCCUUCAAAUGGUGGGAAGCUCUGCUUCCAGCAGCGAAAGAACAGAUGCUCUGGCUGGAAUAUCUCUGGUCGAAAACAUGGCUCGGCUGGCGACGACGUUUGUCUUUGGUGUCAUUUUUGCGGCGUUUACCAGCAUUGGAAGAACGGAGCUUGUUUUCACAUGCAACGCCGCUGUCGCGUUGAUAGGGUUCGGUGUCUUGCUAUUCGCGCGCUUUCCACCGGAAGGGAGUCGUCCGCUUGACCAUAAGGACGAAGACGUGAAUACUACAUCAUGA